GGCGGUGGCGUGGGGGCGGAGCCUUGCUUGCGUACGCUGGUCGGCGACUCUGCUCAGCCUGAGCCGGGGGCUUUGCUGCGGCGGCUGCGGUCGCGGCGGCGGAGCGGGCGAGAGGUUAAUUCUCAAGCCACAUCAUUUUCUCUCUUGCCUCAGAUCGGAGUGAACUACCAUCGCCACCAUGGGGGAGCUUUUCAGGAGCGAGGAGAUGACGCUGGCCCAGCUAUUUCUACAGUCCGAAGCUGCUUAUUGUUGUGUCAGUGAAUUAGGAGAACUUGGAAAGGUUCAGUUUCGGGAUUUAAAUCCAGAUGUGAAUGUUUUCCAGAGGAAAUUUGUGAAUGAAGUUAGAAGAUGUGAAGAAAUGGACCGAAAACUCCGAUUUGUUGAGAAAGAGAUAAGAAAAGCUAACAUCCCAAUUAUGGACACUGGUGAAAACCCAGAGGUGCCCUUCCCCCGGGACAUGAUCGACUUAGAGGCCAAUUUCGAGAAGAUUGAAAAUGAACUGAAGGAAAUCAACACUAACCAGGAAGCUCUGAAGAGAAACUUCCUGGAACUGACUGAAUUAAAAUUUAUACUUCGAAAAACUCAGCAGUUUUUCGAUGAGGCUGAAUUGCAUCAUCAGCAGAUGGCGGAUCCAGACCUGUUGGAAGAGUCCUCAUCGCUCUUGGAGCCAAACGAGAUGGGAAGAGGCGCGCCUUUACGACUUGGCUUCGUGGCUGGUGUGAUCAACCGGGAGCGGAUCCCAACCUUUGAGCGCAUGCUUUGGCGAGUGUGCAGAGGGAAUGUGUUCCUGAGACAGGCUGAAAUCGAAAACCCGCUGGAGGAUCCUGUGACUGGUGACUACGUGCACAAGUCCGUGUUCAUCAUUUUUUUCCAAGGUGAUCAGCUGAAAAACAGGGUCAAGAAAAUCUGUGAAGGGUUCCGAGCCUCCCUCUAUCCCUGUCCUGAGACUCCACAGGAGAGGAAAGAAAUGGCUUCCGGAGUCAAUACCAGGAUCGACGACCUCCAAAUGGUUCUGAAUCAAACGGAGGACCACCGCCAGAGGGUUCUGCAAGCAGCGGCUAAGAACAUCCGGGUCUGGUUCAUCAAGGUGCGGAAGAUGAAGGCUAUCUACCAUACCCUGAACCUGUGCAAUAUAGACGUGACCCAGAAGUGCCUGAUUGCAGAAGUCUGGUGCCCUGUCACUGACCUGGACUCCAUCCAGUUUGCACUCCGAAGAGGCACGGAACACAGUGGUUCCACUGUCCCCUCCAUUCUGAACAGGAUGCAGACAAACCAGACACCUCCGACAUAUAACAAAACCAACAAGUUCACACAUGGCUUCCAGAACAUAGUAGAUGCUUAUGGGAUCGGCACUUACCGAGAGAUUAACCCAGCUCCAUACACCGUCAUCACCUUCCCCUUUCUGUUUGCUGUGAUGUUCGGGGAUUUUGGGCACGGCAUUCUGAUGACACUGUUUGCGGUGUGGAUGGUGUUGAGGGAGAGCCGGAUCCUCUCCCAGAAGAACGAGAAUGAGAUGUUUAGCAUGGUGUUCAGCGGCCGAUACAUUAUUCUUCUGAUGGGACUGUUCUCCAUCUACACUGGACUCAUCUACAAUGACUGCUUUUCCAAGUCUCUGAAUAUCUUUGGGUCAUCAUGGAGUGUACGGCCAAUGUUCACUCAGGGGAACUGGACGGAGGAGACGCUUCUGGGGAGUUCUGUUCUCCAGUUGAACCCAGCUAUCCCUGGAGUUUUUGGUGGCCCGUACCCAUUUGGCAUUGAUCCGAUUUGGAACAUUGCAACCAACAAGCUGACCUUCCUCAACUCCUUCAAGAUGAAGAUGUCUGUUAUUCUUGGGAUCAUCCACAUGCUGUUUGGAGUCAGCCUGAGCCUUUUCAACCACAUCUAUUUCAAGAAGCCCCUGAACAUCUACUUUGGCUUUAUUCCUGAGAUAAUCUUCAUGUCCUCGUUGUUUGGCUACCUGGUCAUCCUUAUCUUUUACAAGUGGACAGCCUAUGAUGCCCACUCCUCCAGGAAUGCCCCGAGCCUCCUGAUCCACUUCAUCAACAUGUUCCUCUUCUCCUACCCAGAGUCCGGUAACGCAAUGCUGUACUCUGGACAGAAAGGCAUUCAGUGUUUCCUCAUAGUGGUGGCCAUGCUCUGUGUCCCUUGGAUGCUGCUGUUUAAGCCGCUGGUCCUUCGCCAUCAGUACCUGAGGAAGAAGCACUUGGGAACUCUCAACUUUGGUGGGAUCAGGGUGGGCAACGGACCGACAGAGGAGGAUGCUGAAAUUAUUCAGCAUGACCAGCUCUCCACCCAUUCAGAGGACGCAGAAGAGCCUACCGAGGACGAAGUGUUUGACUUUGGUGACACCAUGGUCCACCAGGCCAUCCACACCAUUGAGUACUGCUUGGGCUGCAUCUCCAACACUGCAUCGUACCUGCGGCUCUGGGCCCUCAGCCUGGCCCAUGCACAGCUCUCUGAAGUACUUUGGACCAUGGUGAUCCACAUCGGCCUGCAUGUCCCGAGUUUGGCCGGGGGGCUAGGGCUGUUUUUCAUCUUCGCCGCCUUUGCCACACUGACUGUGGCCAUCCUGCUGAUCAUGGAGGGCCUCUCAGCCUUCCUCCACGCGCUGCGGUUACACUGGGUGGAAUUCCAGAAUAAAUUCUACACUGGGACUGGCUUCAAGUUCCUCCCCUUCUCCUUUGAGCACAUCCGGGAAGGGAAGUUUGAUGAGUGAGGCCCAGGCAGGGCGCAUGCCCAGAGCAGCUCUCCUGCCUGCCUGCCUCCACAGUGAUCAUCUGUGUCUCUCUUGCCUGCUGGCUGUGAUCCCUGGAUCCCUGGGCCUUUGUGUAGUCCUGCAACCCCUGUCCCCCGCUGUGACUCACUUAGGAAGUGCUGGCCUUGCCUGGGUCUCUCUGCCCCCGAGCCUUGUGUGUAACGUACAGACUUUGGAUCGAGAGCUGGAUGACUGUGCCCGAUACCCACUCAUGCCCCUAUGGCACCAGCUUGGCCUCCUGUCCCCCAGACAGACGCUAUUCCACCCUCUGCUGGUGAGCCAACCUGCCCAGCCACAUGGGGGCACAGAGCCCUCAGGAUGCAAAGGGUUCCUCUUCAGUCUGGGAGUUCUUCGUCACACCUUGGAAGAGGGUAAGCUCUUCUCUCGUAGAGUUCCUAUGCUUAUGGAAUAUAGCCCACUCCACUAACAGGGAAGUCAGGAAGAUGCCGCUGUCAUCCUUUGCCCAGCCUCCUCCCGUUAGUAUUCAGGAAAUUUGGCUGGCCCCACCUGGACCAUCCCAAAGGUCCCAGGAUUGCCACCACCCUCCUAAACUUCCUGCCCCAGCCCUAUAGUCACAGCGUAGCAUCCCUGGGAAUGGGAGGGUCUCACUGACUUACAGCACUGGACUUCCGGAUCUUAGAUUCCCUUCCGCCCAGUCUGUACGUGAAUGGGCCUUGCCCAACAUGACACCCCAAGGCAGAAGUUAAAAUUGGCACUCUCCUGGCGCAUCCCUGAGCCCUUCUGCACCCUGAUCAUGAUGUCCUGAGGCUGUGGUCAGUAAGGUUGGUUCUGCCGGCAGGCCUACCUUGAUCUGCCCACUGAGACUCCCUCCCCAACCCCCACACUGACCCCAGGUUUCAGGAGUGGUGUCCUGGGCUAGGAAGGUCAGUGUCAUUGACAAUUUGCUAAUCAGAGGUGACUGUUGGGCUGCCAGUGCGGGCGUGGGAGCACUGCCCAGGCUUGCCAAGCCCUCGCCACCUACCUCAUGUACUGUGGAUCUCAGACCCUUCUAAUCAUGUGCUGACUCGCACAAUUUACUCCCGCCUUCCCUGUGGAGGUAACCCUAAAUCAGCAAGACCCCUCCCCUCCCCAACCCCGGUGCCCUUGAGAGCUGCUCCCACCCUUGCCCAGGCAGGGCUGGCCCAUGGUGACUUUGUUCCGAACCCCUCUGUCCUUUUGUGCCCGGUUUACGUGAUGAUCUUUGCUCUGUUUACAGAGAGGCCUUUGGCAGUGCUCUUUGUGGGGACCUUGCCCAAGGCCUCCUGUCCAGACAUUCUUAUCCGGAAUAAAGUGUGUUUGACUCUCACAAAA